GGCCGACGUUUCCUCCUACUUUUGUCCCAGAACUCAAGCAAGUCCGUGGGUCGCUGCUCUGCCCACCCUGCAACCGCGGCAAGUACGGAUUUUGAAAACUGGCGUAUCGAAUCUCGUUGGCAACGUUGCGAUCGGACACCAAUCCGAAGUCCGUGAUCCCACCAAAGCGGAAGGCUGGGUGAGCCUUCUCCCACGUAAGCGGAAAGAUCCGAACGCGACGCGCAAUUCGCGGGCCAUCUCGGAAAUAGUGGAAAUAACUGUACUCGCCGUCCGCCUUGCCAACCACAAAGUUAUCGUUUACCCCAAUGGUCCGCCGCAACUCGUUCGCGUCCUGCGUUCCCAUUUCUUCUGUUAGGAUACGAGAGAAGCUCUCUCCCGAUUCACAAUUCAUUUGUGGGAAAAAAGGUAAUCAUGCGUGUUCAGAUGCUCUGUUUCCGUGUGAUGUUGUUCUUGUUCCUUUCAUUGCCUUUGGCCGCACUUUCCCUGGAGGAAGCCGUUGUGGAUAAAGCGGCCGAUAUUGCCAGCCCCGUGGGAGCGCCCCAGACCUCCAAGGGAGGGAUGUAUGGCCGCAAAAGCGGCUCUGCGGAGGGUAUUUACUUAUUACCUUUUGGCUCGCAGACUUCCACUCUAAACGUUUUCGCGCGCCUCAGCGCGUUCAAUUUGACACAAUGGAUGUGAUUGCUCAUGCAACGACGAAGCUACUCUGAAUCUGAUUCAGCAAACGACUCUGAAGCCAUUCGCUCAUCAAUCGAAGAGUCAACACGCAACGACAUAGGUUCCAGUCCGUCGGACCGACCCAGCGCGUUUACCCAGAUGACGCGCAAUAAAUCCGCGCUGAAAGUACCGAAGCACCGAGUGCGCCAACUGCGGCAAGCUCGCGAGAUUGCGCAAGCGGCGGAGAAACACCGCGGAUCUCGUCUUCGAGUACGGCGCCAACGCUGUGCAGUUCGGUCUGUUGGACGCCGACGAGAGCGGGCACCUCGAGGGUGCGGAAAUGGAGGCUUGCCCGCCGUCGGCUGAUCUCAAUCAGGACAAGAGGCUGGAUCUCGGAAGCAUGAUCAGUACUGCUCCGGUGCUCUUUCGGAGGGAAGCGAUGUUCCGUCCUCGUUUCUGUCCGAGAAAUCAGGGAAGUUUGUCUUCUAUCUGGGACAGUAUCGCCCGCUGAGUAGGGAGGGGAGCGACUACUCGGUCAGGCUCCCCGAUGGGCAAGGCUUGUCCGGGAGCAACUUUCGUAAGUUUGCCAAUUUCUAGUUGUUCCUUUUACACCGUGACUUUACCGUUCUUUAUUUUAGUGUCGGAUUUUAUUUUUAACUUCAUCUAGGGUUGAAAGAAACCUCCAAUCCUCAACAUUAUGCAGGUCGCACUGAGCUGUACGACAGCAAAAAGCACGGCGAAUACUACACUGUGAACUCGGAUGGAGAGUACGUGAACCAAGGAAUUUUGCAGCAAGUAUUGACGUGUGCCCGAUAAUUUCUGUUUGAAUGCAAAGUCGUAGCCAUGCUAUCGGUAUUCGUACAGAGCUUGCAACUACUGUAGUUGCAUGCCCAUGCUCUUAUUUUUGAUAAGUACCGAACUGCGUUCUCAUCAUGUAGCGCAACAUGAUGAGAAGGCAACCACGACGAAGAAAUGAAGAAGACCGAUGAGGGGUCUUUGAUUGCGCGGCUGCAGGCUUGUUUGUGAACCCAAUACACGCGCAAUUUUGGUGCUCAUACCUGGUAGCAUCCACGUCCGUUGAGGAUCGUAACCGCGUAGAUUUCCCAAAAUUGCCGUUCACCACAGCCACGGCGACGGUCGUUUCUCGAGUUGUUGUGCUGCUGAACACAGAACGCAGAGUGCGUGACCAAUUUGAUCGACUACUACCCAGAAGGGCCAGCACCAGGAGGCGGGUAUAUUACUGCGGUGGGCCCCCAUGGCUCUCCUCUUGAUUUAAGUGAUUUGUUGUUCGCCCCGCUUUGUUCUUUUAUGGGAAGAUGAAAUAGGUAGUACGAUGGAUGUUGUCGAGGAGUGAAUAUUUAUAACAGCCCUUCAGGGAGUGGGAGAAGGGCCAGGCCCCGGCUGUGCCACGUUUGGCCAGACUUUCUGACCAUUCGCUGGGCACCGCGCGCAAAAACUACCUCCAGUCACUCACAUUUCUCAACACGAAGCUCCACUGAAGAAUAGCAGA